CGAAACACUCAGAACUAACUGGGCUCUCCCAAAAAUACAUAAUCUUGAGACUAUUCGAUCUCUUUGGAGCUUUUCUGUGCGUUAAGAGUGCUUCUGAUGAUCAUCAUAAACUGUAACUGUGCUGAAGUGACGUCAGAACUCGACUCCAGCGAACACAACAAACUCAACACGAUGAGCUUUGUAACGCAACAAGAAGAGGACACGAGCAUGUUUAAAGUGGAUUUUGCGUGAAAGUAAAAGUUAUGCUCCGCCAACCGCUUCACUUCAGCGGCAGGACGGAGGAUGAAACCGCGGAUUCGGGCGCGGAGACUGCGGGAUCUGACUGCAGUAAAAUGUCUUGCAGUAGCAUUGACCUCAUGGCAGUCCCAGGUCAGGAGCUCCCGCUCUUCACCUUGCACCUGCUUACAAACCCCGGCGAUUCACUGCUCCUCCAACACACUCUGGACUGCCUGCUGAAGUGGAUCCGCCCCGGUUUUCGUCUCUUCCACGUGUCCGAGCGGGCAUGCCCCCUGCGAGACUAUGGCAGAGCUGACCUGCGCCCUGCGGCUGGUUACCCCUCGCACGCAGUGACCCUCUUCCUGAACGAGUCAUAUGGAGAGGAGCGUAUUCUCAGGGUGCUAGACUUCCUGCAGUGCCCACCCUGGCAGUACCACCACACGGAGAGCUAUGGCGGAAGAGCAGCCGGCAUUCAUAUCAGCUCUGCUGCCACCCCGUCGAACGCCCUCCUUAGGCCCUACCUCCUCCCCAGCCGGGACUUCUACAGCCUGAGUGUGGGAAUGCCAGUGUGGGGGGUGCGCCCGGUGCACUACGGUGGAGAGGUGGUGCGGGUGACUUUGCACAGCACAUACGAUAACUUUGAGGACACGGUGCGCUUGUAUGAGACAGUGCUGCAGAGGAGGGCGGAGGAGCAGAAAACGGGCUUCUGCUGGUUCACGCUGUUGAUGGAUGGAGGGUUCAGCCUCCAGCUGGCACUGAAGCAGCUCUCGCCCGGGGUCAGAGUGGAGCGCUGUCACUCUGCUGUGCUGCAGUUCAGGGUGGGUGAGAUCGGACAGCUAGUGCCCUUGCUGCCCAACACCUGCUCACCCAUCAGUGCCACCCGCUGGCACACGGAAGACCUGGAUGGCAACAAGAUCCUCUUUCAAGUAAAAGGAUCAGCCAAACCCCAGGGGCUCCACACAUCUGCUUUCCCACUGAGCUGCCCCAACCUGUCCUCCAGAAACCCACUGAGGAGCUGUGCAUCCACCAGGCUCCCCUCCACCUCGCCCUGCAGCAAACUGUCCCAGCUGAAGGAGUGCACUGUGGGCCGUUGUCGUGUGGAGCUGCCCCUGGAUCGUGCUCUGAAGUCAGGAGCAUGUGCUGGAGAGAGUAUGGGUUCAGACAGCAACUGUAGCACGCCUCCUGGAAGCUCUUGUUACUCGUCCCAGCGCAGCAGCCCAGCGGGCCUGUCUGCUAACCCGUAUGAUCCAGUCAUCACCCCUGAAACCUCCAACUCCCGCCUUCUGCUGGAAGAUGAGAAGCCGGAGACGAAUGUGGACACAGGUUGUGAUGUAACCCCAUGGCCCGAGCAGCCUGGUGCAGUGGAGGCGUCUGCGCUGGAAUCUCUAUCAAGAGACCUGAAACAUGGGCUGAAUGAGUCACAGUGGAUUCGGACUGCUCAAGAGAGCACAGAGAGGAUUCAAACAGACCCCGGGACACAGACACAGGCAGCACAGUGUCAUAACAUACAUCAACAUGCACAAGUAGAUGAGUUCUUUAUCUGACUCUUCUCGUUUAC